AUGGUUCAAGCAUUGAGCAGUUUCGAAGGAACAACUGGAAUACUUGGGGAAGCGGAUUUGGGCAUAUUACCUUCCAGGGAAAAGUAUCAUAAAUUCAAUAGUGAGAAAGGCAAAUGUGGCAGUUCUUGUGGCACAUGCACGGAAGUAAAGAGCAAGUUAAGCGAAUGUAAGCACAUUAAGCAAGAUACAACCAAUAUUAUGAAUGGUUGGUGUUAUGCGGAACUGAAUUGGAGUGGUGGUUCGGACGAUGAAUACUGUUCUGCCUUCUAUUUUUGGCUUGGAGAUAUAGUGUCCAAAACAUUAUCUGCCACCAGCAGCGAGGUGGGUGACACUAAUUCAUUUUCAUCCACCAUGAGUUGCGCAUAUACCGCAUUCGAGAAAUCUGAAAUGAGCAAUAAUUGUAAAAUUCUAUACAACAACACCACCACCACUCUCACCAAAGAAGAGUUCGAUCGCCGCAAAAAAAUGUUCGACUAUUCCAAAGAUCACGAACAAAUAAGGACGCAGAUAGAAGGUGCUCAGAAGUAUAAAUACCAUUGUACAAAAACAUAUUACGACUAUGUGGAUGACAUUCUUACCACCUAUGACACAAUGAAAGCAAUUUGCCCAGAAAGUGGUGCAAGUUCCUCUCCUUCUUAUGAUGCUGCAUAUUGUACCAAAUUUAAGACUUUGUUUGUUGGAUAUGAUCAUAGCACGAUGGAAGAAUUAAAAACAAAAUUAGUCCAAGUAACGAAGCCUGCAUCGCCUGGCUCCUCCUUCAUGAACUCCUCUGAAGUGAACAUUCCUGCUGCUGUGUCUUCCAUACUUGGUGUAAUGGGAUUACCAGCACUUGGUUUCUUUUUAUAUAAAUAUACUUCCUUACCUUCUUUGAUAAGUAACACCUUCUUUCGUGGAGGAGGAAGCAACCGAAAAAGAAGAACAACCGCCAGGAAUGAAUUUGACACUCUAACUUCAAUGGACACUUCAACACUUUAUUCAACAGACUUGUCAACAACAGAAACAGAUAAUUCUACCAUAUAUGGUGAAACAUCACGACGAUCACGACCACCACCCAGCCAAGGAGGGAGAAGAACAGGAGCAGGAAGAACAAAUAAUAAUAGAAGGAACGGGAAUAAUAGAAAUAAUAUACGUUAUCAACGUAUGUGA